UACCACCACCAGCCCACCUCAACCUCUUUCAUUCCUCAUUCAGCCUCGCCCACGGCCACACCCAACGUAAUCUUAUAAUACCAUUGUUCAUACCUCCGGCGUUCGUUCAGUCGUUCGCACCGUCAUACAUCAACACGUCUUGUCCUCUCAGAGCCUGGAAGACCCCAGCAAACAGACGGCAUUGCCGUCACUGAUAGUACCAUGUCGUUACCUCAGCGGCCUGGUAUGGCCUCUCGCGACGAGCAGAGUUCAUACCGCAACACACCUUCUAAUCGGCGCCGACGAGCACCAUCUGACGCCGAAUACUUGAACCCGUCUCCUACAGAACAGAAAUCACCUUUUCAGUCACACUCCAAUGCCUUCCCUUCUCCUCAAUCACCGCCAAUAGAUUCCUCGGAUUACAUGAUGGGGCAACAGCGCGGUGGUGGUGGUGACCUGGGCCGGAAGCGAAGUCUGGUCAGACCUGAACGCCAGAGAUUCGACAAAGAUCAUCCCAAUUACCACUACAGGAAACACGCCCAGAACAUGGCUGUCCAUCCAUCCACGACGGGAAACGAUCCGAUACUAGAAGACGGCGAAACCGUUGUCUCUGAUAGCACUCGUGAUGGUGUCCCAACUCCAUAUGAGGAAAAGGCAUCAAAUCUGCCUGGAAGGAAUGGAAAUGGCCCUAUACCGAUGGAACGAGUGGAGUCUCGCAGGGCAUCCCGGAAACUUACGCGGAAAGAAACGAAACAAAUUAGGGAGGACGAGAAGAAGCGACAGAAGCAAAGGGACAACGCCAACCCGCCUAGUCUUUGGAGGAUAUACUGCAAUGUCGUCACAUUUUGGGCGCCAGGUGCCAUUCUCAAGUGUUUCGGCAUGCCUCAGAAGGCACAGCAAGGUGCUUGGCGAGAGAAAAUGGGUCUCGUCAGUAUCAUUAUCCUCAUCGCAACUUUCGUCGGUUACCUCACAUUCGGCUUCACUGAGACUGUUUGCCCAAACGGCGGUGGAGAUCGGUUACAGAUCAACAAGGUUGAUUCGGGUUUCAUGAUAUUCCACGGAAAGGCCUACGACUUGUCACGCUCUCGACAUCCCUGGGUUCGCGGUAUUCCAGAAAACGCCAAUGUCCUGUUCGAUCUUCCAGAGAAGCAUGGUGGUAAGGAUGGCAGCUUCAUGUUUCAGAACGUCAACGGCAAUUGCAAGGGCCUCAUCACUCCAGCAGAGAAUUCUGAUGUUCCCGUUGACAGUAACGGUAACAUGGCCUGGUACUUUCCAUGUACCGAUUUCAACCAGGACGGCUCGAGCCAUUACAACAACACUCCCAACCCGUACUAUCUUGGGUACUCUUGCCAUACCUCACGAGACGCGCGCAAUACUUUUUACAAUUUGCGUAGCACUGGAGAUGUUUAUUUCACGUGGGAUGACAUUCGAAACUCAAGCCGCAAUUUGAUGGUCUAUGGAAGCGAUGUCUUGGACUUGAAUCUCCUCAGCUUCUUCAACAAGUCACAAGUUUCGUAUCCUUCCGACUGGGACAUUCUCCGUGAAAACCCCAACGUUCGAGGGGUUGACGUUACCCAGUCCUUCUCAUCUAGUGCAGACAGAAAGAUGGGACGAUGCUUCACCGAAAUUAUCAAAGUCGGUGUGAUCGAUACUGCGACCAUUGGUUGCAUUGCCUCUCAAGUGGUGCUCUAUGUCUCGCUCAUCUUUAUCCUGUCCAUUGUCGUCAUAAAGUUCAUGCUCGCUUUAAUCUUCCAAUGGUUCUUAUGCAAGAAAUUUGGCGCUGCCAAAACAUCAAUGAGUGGAAUGAACGAGAAGGCCCGCAAUCAGCAAAUUGAAGAGUGGAGCGACGACAUUUACCGACCACCGCCAAAGUUGGCUGACCCCAUUACUCCAGGUAACCGCAACAGUGCGCGUGGUAGCGCUUUCUUCCCAUCGACGUCCAGAUUCACGAGUCCAUACGCUAUGGACAAAGGUGUCUCCGCGAAGGGACGACCUGGCCCGACAACUAUGGCAAGCCAGGCUUCGACCGCCCUUCUGAAGUCAAAGUCUGGAAUGUAUAGCCAAGUCAACCAAAGCCAAGGAACUCUCGUCGGAGCGCACGAACCGCGCUCUAGUCUGAUGCUCUCAAGUAACAACGAUGGACGAUAUUCUAGUGUAGUGGAUAGUGACGGUCCAGGGCCAGCUGGUUUCGUUCACGAAGCAGUGGUUCCCCAACCUCCAGCUGACUACCAACCAUUCGGAUAUCCACUUGCUCACAAUAUCUGCCUAGUCACUUGCUACUCGGAAGGUGAAGACGGGCUGAGAACCACACUGGACUCGAUCGCCACCACUGAUUACCCCAACAGUCACAAGCUUAUCUUGGUCAUUUGCGACGGUAUGGUCAAGGGUGCAGGUGAAGAGCUCACCACGCCUGAGAUCGCACUUGGUAUGAUGAAAGAUCACGCCAUACUUCCUCACGAAGUCCAGCCAUUCUCCUAUGUGGCCGUCGCCAGUGGAUCAAAGCGUCAUAACAUGGCCAAAAUUUAUUCUGGGUUUUAUGAUUAUGGCGACAAGUCCGUCAUCCCAUUCGAGAAGCAGCAGCGUGUUCCAAUGAUGGUUGUUGUCAAGACUGGAACUCCCGAUGAAGCCCAAAAUGCCAAACCUGGUAAUCGUGGAAAGCGCGACAGCCAGAUCAUCCUGAUGUCCUUCCUCCAGAAAGUCAUGUUCGAUGAGCGUAUGACUGAACUUGAAUACGAAAUGUUCAACGGAAUAUGGAAAAUCACCGGUAUUUCCCCCGAUUAUUACGAAAUUGUUCUCAUGGUAGAUGCCGAUACGAAGGUGUUCCCUGACAGUCUUACACACAUGAUCUCGGCUAUGGUGAAGGAUCCUGAGGUCAUGGGUCUGUGUGGCGAGACUAAGAUUGCGAACAAACGUCAAAGCUGGGUCUCCAUGAUCCAGGUUUUCGAAUACUUCAUAUCCCAUCAUCUGUCGAAGUCCUUCGAAUCGGUCUUUGGUGGUGUCACCUGUCUUCCAGGAUGCUUCUGCAUGUACCGCAUCAAGGCUCCUAAGGGUGGGCAGAAUUACUGGGUACCCAUUCUUGCCAAUCCCGAUGUCGUCGAACAUUACUCGGAAAAUGUUGUGGAGACUCUACAUGAGAAGAACCUACUUUUGCUUGGUGAAGAUCGAUACUUGUCAACUCUCAUGCUGCGCACGUUCCCUAAACGAAAGCAAAUCUUUGUUCCUCAAGCUGUUUGCAAAACUAUUGUGCCAGACGAGUUCAAGGUCCUCCUCUCGCAGCGUCGCCGAUGGAUCAACAGUACCGUGCAUAACCUGAUGGAACUGGUACUCGUCCGUGACUUGUGCGGUACUUUUUGCUUUAGUAUGCAAUUCGUCGUCUUUAUUGAACUAGUCGGAACCCUGGUUCUGCCUGCAGCCAUUUCUUUUACCAUAUAUCUUAUUGUCAUUUCCAUCAAAGCUGGUAUUGAACAUACAGCAGUACCUGUUAUCCCUCUCGUGCUUCUAGCGCUCAUUUUGGGUCUCCCAGCCGUCCUCAUUGUCUUGACUGCUCAUCGCUGGUCCUACGUGGCGUGGAUGAUCAUCUAUCUAUUCUCGCUUCCCAUCUGGAACUUUGUGCUACCAACAUAUGCCUACUGGAAGUUUGACGACUUCUCAUGGGGUGAUACUCGGAAAACAUCGGGCGAAAAGACCAAGAAAGCCGGACUCGAAUAUGAAGGCGAGUUCGACAGCAGCAAGAUUACAAUGAAGCGAUGGCAUGAUUUUGAAGCUGAGCGCCGAUUGAAAGCACCCAGUGGCGGGUGGUCACAACAGCAAACGUCGGCUGGCGGCUGGCCCAUGCAGCACGGACACGACUCAUAUUACGAACCCUAGACUAUUUUGCACAGCGCAGUCAUGGCAGGCGGAACAGCCAAUUAUUAUUUUUUUCUUAAUUUCGAGUAUCAUGUCAGCUCACCUGAGAGCGUGUACUUUUGCGACCAUCGUUAGCACACGGUAGUGGAUGUCAAACCAGAGGAUGAAGUAUAGGGCUCGGAGGGUUGGCUAAUCUGGGCGUUACAAGUCGUGUACACUGCAUGCUCAUACUCUUUCCAUGUUCUAGGCCCAACAUUAAGGAGGGUAAUACUACUAUCCAUUU